CUUUCAGUUUCAACUAAUAAACAGCCUUAAAAAUUGAACCUUAGUAAGCAACCGUUUUUUAUUUGUUGCCUAUUUAGACAAAUUUUGCUUUCCAAGUUUCACCAUUUUUCUUUUUCUUUCUUUUUACCAUUUUCUUUGCAUUCUUUUUAUUACCUACCUUAAUGUACUAAACUGUACUCUGUACUGAUGAUUGGUCAUUAUGAUGGUGAAUGUUAGUCACAUUGGGUUCAGGGUCAACUGGAGAUUGAGUUACAGUCUUGAAAUUAUUUCAACUUGAAUGUUUUUUGCUGGGUUUUUCACUUUUCUCAUCACCUUUACAACUAUGGUUAACUGUAUCAUUGCCAUUGUUUCCUUUAUACAGUGUAUUGGACAUAACUUGUGAUUUGUUAACUAAUGUGGCUUUUUAAAAGCUGUUAAUCAAUUUUCCCAAUCAUUUGAUCUUAAGGUAGAUUAAAUUGAGUCAAAUUUUCCAGAAAAUGAAAAAUGUGAAUCAACAGAUUGGAUAAUAAUUGCUCCAACAAGGGACGGUAAAAAUUGUUCAAUGGUUUAAAAUGAUGGUCUUUUGACAAGACAUUUUACCAUGAGUCAAUUAACCAUUUGAUCGGGAUUUUCCAGGUAACUCGUCCUGUUAAUCGCCUAAAAUUACCUGCUUCACCCUCCAAGUAGACUCACAAUUAGAUUGAAAGUUGAUCAAUCAACCAAUAGUCUACUUUUAUAUUGGUACAAGUUGUUCACUAUUGAUGUAAUAUCUCAACAAGUUUCAUUGUCUUGGAAUGAGGAAAGUUGAAUAGUAAAAGUUAGACUUUCGAUUGUCAUCUUAUUCACAAUUGAAUACAUUGUUAUUACAUGAGUAAAAUUAUUGAAUAAUAUGUAAUUAAAAAUGAAUCUGUGAAAAAAGGAAGAAAAGAACUUAAAAAUAAUUGAAUUUCCCAUUUUUUUACAGCAGUAAAUCAACUUUUCAUGUUAACUCUUAAGCAUUACUCUUAACUUGCAACUCAACCAAAGACUCUUUGAAAAGCUCAGUGUUAAUCCGGUAUUUGUUAAUUGUUAAGCUGUUUAUUAGUCAUUAAGCAAUCCUUAAGCAAUAAAAUCAUAUUCACAGCCCUUUAUUCAAGGUUAAAAACAUGAGUGCUAAUUUAACCCCUAGAGUUAAAAAUGGUAUUCUUAGCUUAAUGAUAAUCAAAGUUAUAUAAAAUUAUAACGUUACCAACCAAUCAAGCAUGAUGAUUAAAUAAAGCGAAGGACGUUAGAUAAUCAGUAAUACCAACAUUUUCCGUUCAAUUUUUUACGCUAAAAUCACGAGAAUUUUGUUUUUCAAAGUCACAAUUUACAGAAUUAUUAAACUCAAAAUCACAAGAAUAUCAUCUUCAGUGUUGAUUUGUUUGUUGACUUGUUUUUAACCAGAACCUGAAAGGUUUGAUCGGAAAAAUUGUUGAUCUAAAACAUCUUAAACAAUGGCUUUUGAAAAGUGAUAUAGACUGAACAAGUGUCAACUAUUGAACAAGCUGCUUGGUUAAACAAAUACGAUGAUUGUUUGAAUAAUGAGCUUCUCACUUUCCGUUGAAAGCAAACUAUCGAUCAGUAAAUUCAUUACAUUAAAUUGCAUUUUAUUUACACUUGAUUACCAGUAUUGAUAAACUCUUUUAACACCAUUUUGAAACAGAUAUAUUUGUGACACACUUGUUAGCUAUGAAAUUAUGGUUUAGUGUAAUCGUUUUGACUUGUUUUACGCAAGUUGAAUCUACUUUUUUUGAUUGUUCUAGUUUCUGGCCUUUUACAAUACUUGGUUUUUGUCCGGUUCACACCAGAGUUGUGACUAGAGUUGGAGACUCAAAGUCGGCAGACAAAAACACUACAGAAAUUGGACCAAAAGAGCAAAUCCCAGAAAAUGCAACGUCAACAGAAAUGUCGACUGUUAAAACAACAGUGACAACAACCUCUGAGGGAACAACAGAAUCUGUUAUGAAUAUGACAACAAAGCUACCAGAAGAUAAGACAACACCAGCUAGCUCUGAAAUCACAACCUCAGUAUCAACUUCACCUCCACAAGAUUCAACCACUACCACAAUUGUUCCAACUACAACGCAAAAAACAGAGGCACCAGAGGAUAAGGCUACCACAAAGGCCACUACAGAUGAGACUACAACAAAAGGGUCAAAAGAGGAAACGACUUCAGUAACUACUGAGACACCAAAAGAAACGACUGUUUCAGAGGAAAGUAAAGAUGAGACAGUCUCAGAGGCACCUACCGAAGAUACAUCGCCAGCCACCAAAGCUAAAACGGAUAAAGUAAAACCUACAGAAACAACUGUUAAAACAACAGCUAAAUCAACGGUUAAGAUUAAAGAUUCGGAUGAUGAUGAUUCGGAUGACGAAUUAACCGAUAAAAAAACAGAAGCAUCAACAGAAGGCAUUGUGGAAUCUGAAAUUGAAUCGGCUGCAGAAGAUCCCAAAGUUUUCUAUGAAGAAACAAGAACAAAACCGAAAAAAGCAGAAGCACCAACUAAAGCAUCAAGAAAAACAACUGACAAGGGCGAUGCUAGAAAUGAACUUAAUGCAAGACCAACGCCAUCAACUGCCAAGCAGUCUUCUAGAAUUAAAGGUUUGCCAUCUCAAAUGAAAUCAGCUCGACAACAAUUAGCUAAAUCAAAUGGAGCAGUCAAAGUUUCGUCAGGAGCCUCGAAUCCAGCCGUUGGUGAUAAUCCGAUAAACAACUAUUAUGGAAGCAGCUUGCUGAGGGAAAAUGAAUAG